AUGAAGCUUUUCCUCCUGGUCGUGCUUGGCAUCGCCCUGUGCACAGAAAGUGCUUUCUCCCUGACCUGCUUCUCCUGCAAAGAUGCAACUUCCAACAUCCAUUGUCUCAGCACCACCAAAUGCUCGGAGAACGAGAAGUAUUGUCUGACAACCUAUUCCACCUCAGGAACUGGCAAUGACCGGACCCAGCGAAUCACCAAGAAAUGUUCUGCAUUUUGCCCAACAAUUGACCUGAACAUCGGCAUAGCUGGAGUUGCCACCAGCUGCUGCGAGACCUACUUGUGCAACAUCAGUGGGGCCAGCAGUGUGAAAACCAGUUCCACCAUCCUCACCCUGGGUGUCCUGGCCAGUCUUGCCUGCAUCCUCAGGAUGGGUUUUUGAGGGGUUUUUUUUGUCUGUUUGUUUGGGUUUUUUUUUUUUUUUUUGUGGUUUUUUUUUAUUUUUUUGGGAAAAUGAGCUGCUUGGCUUUGCAUGGCAUGGUUCAAGCUGCGCUCCAUCAGGUGGAAAUGCUGUCCUGUGCCUUCCUACCUGGAAGGUCACCUCCUAUCAGGAGAUAUUUUUGCUCUUUCCACACUCUGAUGACAAUA